AUGGAGUGGACAACCGGUAAUCGAUUCUCUACUUAUAAACAAUAUAAGGAAGACACCGAGACAAUUGCAGGGUGGUUGGCUUAUAACUUUCGGAGGUGUGGGCAUCAAAUCGACGAGCCUACCCCUGCCAGUUCGACUGGUGUCUUAACAGCCCCUAGUAGGAGGCUUAAGGGGAAAGCCAGGAAGCAAGCUCGUGAGGCACCGGCGAGUCCACCUAAGAGUCUAACUCGGCCACAAUAUACUAUCAAUGUCUCAGACUUUGGUCGAAUGGCGAAGGCUAUUGCCGAGUUCAAUCCUAAAGUCAAUAUUCCCAAAGCGUUAGACAACCUGUUCAGUCGCGUUAUAAACACCCGAAACCAAUUUACACAGUGGUACCAGGCAUAUUCCCAUAGUGAUGAAGGAUCCAACAAAAGUCAUGCACAUUUCACAAGUGUCCUUACUAAUGCCUGGGAAAUUCUGCGCCCAUCCGAGCAGGCGCGGACUUCGCAUGUGAAGAAACGGAUACAAGAAAUUCCUGGAUCAGAACCGGUAGUCAAUUUGGUCAAUCGCUUUUCUGCACUUGAAGUCGAAGAGCUACAGGAGCAGGGGCCGGAUGUCGAGCCCGGCCGCUCAGUCGAACUGGAUGAGAAUGACUAUAAACUGACGGAUGUCGCCCGUGUCACUCUUUUAAAGAGUGAAGAAGUUAUUGAAGAAGAUUUCUUCUUUGGCAUCUUCACCUUCAUGAAGGAACUCGAUGAUGUGCGUUCUUCUAUCCGACGGAGUUGGCGGGCAUACAGACAGGGAGUGGCGGAGCUCAUUAUGCCCUCUCUUCUUACCAACACAGCUAUUCAACUUGUUCGAAGAGCAGAGCAUGAGCUAGAUCUGAUGAUAGAAAGGCCAAAAAAUUACCCCUCCUCAUCAUACCCCGUCUGGAAUCUCCCUGACAUCUUCAUCUAUGCUACACACGAGGAGGAUAUGGUUAGCAAAGGCCAAGACUUGGAUAGCUUCUUGAAGCCAUCGCCACGAUGCCAUGUUAUAGAUUGCAGUCAUGGGCAGCUUUGCUUGUCGGAUAUAUAUUCCGCCCUCAAGCACUCCUUAUACGAGACCAAAUCUCUGGGUGAGUACUAUGUAGUUCCCGGAGACGAAACCCUUACGAACGGGGCCACGGAGAACUUCCGUCGUAUUAAACGCAUGCUCCCAUCUUUCGCCAGCGAUGAAAUCACAUCUGGGAUUGGUCUGAUGUUCAGGGCCGGGACAAUUCCCAUUUCAGUCGCAUUUGGCGUCCAGCUGCUCUUAGAUAUCCAAGAUAAGCUCCAGGAUAUGCCGGACAAACCGAUUCACGAAGUUAAAAAACACACGCGUAACAUGCUAUCCGCAUUUAGGAGCAAGAAACUCAACCAGGAGCCAUUCGUUCUCGUCGGGCAGGGGUCGCAGUGGCUCGCAACAACCUUAGCUGCUUACGAAUUAGAUGUCUUAGGGGAUAACUUCCGUAGGAAGCUUCUAGGCGGUGACGAAUUAAGGGGUAACCCUGAAGUACCGGAAUUCGUUCAGGAGCCAGAUUAUUUCCUACGGAUCAACCCUGUGAAAUGCGGCAUGCUGAAGUACGGUCUUUAUCAGCAACCUCAUAAUUACGGCUGUAGAUUCGAAGAGGCAUGGCGUGGUAUUACGAGUAUGGUACAUCUAUAUGUUGCCGGCCGCUCUCUGUAUCCAAACGACCCGGUAUGGCCCGACAUGGAAUAUUUUCUUCAAAAUCAAGAUUUAGACAAUAUGUUCGUCGGUGGACUGCCUAGAACAAUGGAAGAAGCGCAUAAGAAGUUCCUACUAGCUGCAGGUGUGACGGCAACGAACUUUGCAAGAAACAGAAGGUCUACCAAACCUAAGCUGAACAUGGAAAUGGGGCGGUGGGCGUCCAAUCCUUGCCUACUCGACGGUGUAUUCUCAAACUGGAUGUGUGGAGGCCAGGUCAUGACCGACGACAUGAUUUUGAAUCUUGUGAGAGCCAUCGGGGACCCAGAAGCCAUUGCCACAAAAGCGAAACAGGUAGGACUAUCACCAGAGGUUGAAGAAAGGUGCCGCGAGGCCUGGUCUAAUCCUGACCGACGUAUGACCACCAUAUUGGGAAACUUAGGGUUUUAUAUCAUAUCCGAAACCUCAGACCUCUACUUCGACUGGCUUUCGUUCGCGGAAACUUGCCAAAAGAUUUGGACGCAGAUCCGAGGUAUCCUUAAUCUACGAGCGCCCGACCAUGCCGCUCAUUCGAUGGUAAUAGAGAUUCUAGACCAAGCCCAGAAGUGCCAGUGGAUGGCCGAGGUAGAUAAGGAGGAUGUGACCUCGUCCCUGCGGAAGAAUGCUACAGGUUUAGUCCAAUCUUGGGGGGUCAUCCAGAAGGUCUGCCGGAAGGGUAUGAAAGUGUCAUCGGAGAAGGAUAAUGAGCAGUACAAGGACGCGAGGGCUUGGAUUGGUGACAAGGAGCUUUUCAACGUCAUGUCCCGAACACUCGACGAGUCCUCGUAUCCGCACUUGUCUCCAUCGCUUGCGCAAAAGGUGUACAAGAACUGGCCGGUUGCCGACAAAAGUACGAGUGCUGUCAUUCGCAUGAACAACGCACUGCCGUCGUUCUCGCUUGCUGAUACCUAACGGUAUGGAACAUGGUUGGAAUCGCAACGAGA